UCAUGAGUGUUCAGACUGUGUCGUCUCUGUUGUCUCCGGGUUUGAGCUGCAGCUCAGUUCCUGUGGAGCAUCUAGACUACAACUUCAUCCAGAACUGCUCAGAUCUGAAAUAUCUGGAGCAAAUCCUGAAAGUUCUGCGGUCAGGACAGGAGGGUUUUUAUCCUCAUCUGAUUGAGUUCUGUGAGAAGCACAUAGAGAAACUCGACCCAACGUGUCGUUUCCUCAGGAAGGAGAACCCACCCGCCACAGCUGCCUGUUUCUCCACAGAGGAAUGGAGUGUGAUGGAGAAAGAGCUGCAGCAGUGGGAGGAGAACAUCAGAAUAAAUGAGUCAAGACUGAAUCGCAGCCCAAUAUUCGCUGUUGUCGACGAUAUGCCGGCAGUUCGCUGUUCAAACACAGUUCAGGAAACCAUCAGGACUGAGGUUAGGAAUCAGAAGAGCGUUCCUCGUCCGUACAGAGACUGGGACAGAUUUGAUGUGGAGACAGAAUGCGCUAAAAUAGAUGAGAGUGAGGUCAAAGAUUCCCCUGAGGUCAUCACCCGUCCAGCCCUCACGACCAUCAAACACACAAUAAACCACACAGCCCUGACGGAUCAGGAGAAAGCCGCUCUCGCCUGCCGUGAGAAAAACAAAGGCAACGAAUCUUUCAGAAGUGGAGAUUAUGAAGAGGCUGUGGUUUAUUACACGAGGAGUUUGUCUCUCGUACCUUCAGCGGCUGCUUACAAUAAUCGUGCACAGGCUCACAUCAAACUUCAGCGCUGGCACGCGGCUCUCGUCGACUGUCAGACGGUUUUACAGCUGGAACCAGAGAAUGUCAAAGCGCUGUUGCGUCGUGCCACCGCGCACAAACAUCUGGGCCACUCGCAGGAAUCCCACGAUGACCUGCGAGCCGUUCUGCUGGUGGAGCCACACAACGUUACGGCACAGAAACUCCUGAUGGAGAACUCCAAGACAAUCACAGAAAACCAACAGAAAUCCAAAGCAGGGAAGAAGCUCCUCAUUCAGGAGGUGGAGGAGGAAGAUGAGGAGGAUGAAGGUGGAGACACAGCGUCAGGAGUGAUGUGGGAUUGUGAAGUUACGAGAAAUACACACAAGAGUCCAAAAAGCAAAGCCGCUCAAAACCACAGCAGGCAAUCUGAGGACACCAUUCAGACAGACAGACAGGUGAACGCCCCCACGGAAGCUCCGCCCCCUGAACUCACCUGCAUUAAAGAACCUGAGGGAAAUGUGCUGUUUAAAACGAAAGACACACAGUGUGAAAACACAACAGCAGAGUUUGAGCUCCUGAAGACGGAGGGCAGAGAUUUAAUCCUGAAUGGCUGCUAUGAGGCGGCAGCAGAUAAAUACACUCAAUGUCUUCAACUCCAACCACAACAAUCUGUGAUUUACACCAACAGAGCGCUCUGUUACAUCAAACUGCAGCGCUUCGCUGAAGCAAAGCAAGACUGUGAAUCUGCCCUACAGCUUGAACCCACCAAUAAGAAAGCUUUCUAUAGACGUGCAGUGGCCAAUAAGGGCCUGAGGGAUUACCUGGCAUGUAGCGCAGACCUGCAACAAGUGUUGUGUUUGGAUGCGAGUGCUGUGGAAGCUGAAAAGCUGUUGGCAGAGGUCACACUUCUGAUAAAGAAGAGGAAAAAUUCAUCAUCUGAACCUCGCAGGAGAGUUCCCAUCACUGAGGUUGAGGAUGCUGACGAUGAAGAUCAGGACGGUGCUGAUAACAGGUCAUGGAUCAGCCUGCAGCCCUCGAAUGCAUUCGAGUUUGGUCAGGCUCUGAACGCUGCACGAGCUAACAGCGAUCUGUUAACCUGCGCCGAGCUCCUGCGUAACGUCGCAUCAGAGCUUCUCCCGCAGUACAUCAGCACGCAGCUGGACGGACGCACCAUCAGCUUCAUCAUCCAAACACUGAACGUACACCUGCUGCGCUCGCACCCUCACCUGGUUUAUCAACACCUGAAACACCUGCACACGGCUCACAGAUUCUCGAUGGUGUUAAUGCUCCUGGACUCACAGGAUCACAGACAACUGAUGGAGAUCUUUGAGAAGCUGAGCGUUGUGCAGACUGAAGCCUUUUCCAAAAAUGAUGUCAAAGAUUUGGCCAACAAAUACAUCUGAUGCUCCUUUCUUCUAGACACUUUUCUCUCAUGGAUGUCUAGCUUCUGUAUAAAUACCACCAGUUAUUACAUUAAAGUUCUUCCACACAUGUUCUGCGUCUGGUCUCAGUGAUUAAUCACAUCU